UUUUCGAAUAUCAAAAUCCUCUCUUUUUUCCCUCUCACAAAAGCAAUCUAAAAACACUUUUGAUUGCUACAAUUUCGCCUAGGAUUCAGCAAAGUUGCUGUUUUAGGACUUAGUCGUUAUAAUUUGGUUUUGUUUCAAAAUGGGGAGGCACUCUUGCUGUUACAAGCAGAAGCUAAGGAAAGGUCUUUGGUCUCCCGAAGAAGAUGAGAAGCUCUUGAGGCAUAUUACCAAGUACGGCCAUGGUUGCUGGAGCUCUGUCCCUAAACAAGCUGGCCUGCAGAGGUGUGGAAAGAGUUGCAGAUUAAGGUGGAUUAAUUACUUAAGACCUGAUUUAAAGAGAGGCACAUUCUCUCAAGAAGAAGAAAAUCUCAUAAUUGAACUUCAUGCAGUUUUGGGGAAUCGGUGGUCCCAAAUCGCUGCACAAUUACCGGGAAGAACUGACAAUGAAAUUAAGAAUCUAUGGAACUCUUGCUUAAAGAAGAAGCUUAGGCAGAGAGGCAUUGACCCUAUCACUCACAAACCUCUCUCCGAGGUUGAAAAUGGAGAAGACAACAAGAGUCAACACACUAAUAGUCUGGACAUGGCUUCAGGGGCAUCUAGUGAUUUGAACCUCAACACCGAUAAACCAGGGGCAACGUUGUAUGAACAAAGAUUUGUUUAUCCGUUGGAAAUGGAAGGCUGUUCUUCCAGCUCCUUGACGAUCAACAGUGGCAACAAUUUGAUGGCAUCCACGGCAAGCAACGACUUGUUUCUCGAUAGAUUCGCGAGCACAUGCGCUAACAGCCAGCCUUCUGAUUUGGCGGGUCAUUUUUCGAUGCAGCAAUUGAACUAUCCAUCAUCGUCCAAUGCAAGGCUCUCGUCUUCUUUAAACCCUACUCCGUGGUACACCCAAACCAGCAAAGUUUUCGAUAUCAACUCGGAGUUUUCUUCUAGUUCCAUCUCCAGCCUUCUCCCACCAUUGACAACCUCAUCAUUCCUCUCUUUUCCUAUGGGGUUCAAUCCUUCAAUGGCUUCAUUUACAGUUGAUAACAAUUUCGCUUGGGGAAUGACGGAUUGUAGCACAUCAGAGAAAGAAGAAGCUCCGAUCCGUCUAAUGGAAAACCAAGUGGAGGAAGUGAAGUGGCCAGAAUAUCUCAACAACCAAAUGUUAAUGGCGGCCGCUUUGCAAAAUCAAACUCCACAGUCCGGCUUAUACAGUAUGGAGAUAAAAUCAGAAACACAUUGCUCAACAGAUAAUAGUUUAUCGAACAGUAUGUGGCCUCAUAAUCAACAACAGCAGCAACAGCAACAACAACAACAAGGUUUACAAAAUUCCGAACAGAGCGGUAAGGACAUCCAGAGAUUUACGACAGCUUAUGGUCAUUUUUUAGCCUUUUGUUUUUACUUCAAUUCUUGUGUAUAUAAGUCUGAUACACAAAGUUCAUCACCUCUGGUUUUGGACAACUUGUGAGCAAAACAAUCAUAUUGUUAGCUUUUUCCAUUUGUUCUGUGUGUGGGUGUGUGGGGUAGCACAGCAGAAUAAGGCUUGUUUUAUCGGUCUUCUACUCUCUCUUUUUGCCUGGUUGCAUAUGGCCAUAUUUGUGUAUUGGAAUGUUGCAAACUGUAU